AUGUAUUAUAUAAUCUUAUGUUUAUGUAAGUUAACUUGCGGAUUCUGUUUUAUUUUCAAAAAUUCAAACCUUUUUAAUUCAAACCUUUUUAAUUCAAACCUUUUUAACUCUAAUUUUUUUAAUUCUAAUCGCAUUAACCAGAUUUAUUCAUCAGAUUCCACCGGAGAUUCUGAGAUAAUUCCUGAAUCAACUGUUUCUAAGAUAAUUCCGCAGUAUAGCGGAGUCGAAUACACGCCAGAAGACUUAAAUAAGGAAGAGGAAGAAAUUAAAAACUUUUUCCAAAUCAACUCAUUCGGCAGAAGGAGGGACAAGGUGCCUAGAGCGCAUCCGUUGUAUAAAUUUUUAAAGUUUGAGAGGAAGCAGGUGAUAAAAUUAGAACGUUUCCAUAAAAACAGAAAUGCUGAACUCCGUAAACAAGAAUGGCGCGACUUCUUUCAAUCUGUAAAAGACGGAACAGAUGAACCAAUUUUCACCAAAGAACAACAAUCGCUGUGGCACGAACUGUUAACCAAAUUUGUGGAAGUGGCAAAGCCGUUGGAGGAGGAGCUGAAACUGAUAGAAUCAAACGGAGAUUUAGAAAUUGAAGAUAAGUACAGACUUGGGGCAAAUGUAAGAGAACAAAUCCAAUCACUACAAAAUGACAUUUUCGAUACCUAUGAGAAACAAUUUGAAGAAACCGGAGCACUCAAAGCCGCUCAGAAUUAUUUGUCUGGAAUUCCGAGAUAUGUGUGGGAUUUAAGUCAGCGUGACCCUCGGCAUGCGAUAUUUAAGUUACCAGAGGGUUGUGAAAUACCAUACACUCACAAGUGGGAGAGUACUGUGCACGGUGGCGGUCUUGAAGAAGGAGAAGAAGUUCUGAAACUCCAUAAACUACCCUCGUUGGGAGAAAAAAAGAAGAAAAGACUAGGACGAGGACAUGGGUCAGGAAAAGGUGGGAGUUCAGGACGUGGUUGUAAAGGCCAAAAACACAGAUCAGGGAAAUACAUUAACCCGAUGUUUGAGGGAGGCCAGACUCCGUUGUAUAGAAGAAUACCGAAAUUCGUUGGGAGACCUUUAGGUCACGGUGUACGUUAUAAAAGAUGUAAUUAUGAACUUAUUCCACUAAGUGAAUUAAAUAGAGCGCCAGAUGGCGCCACCGUUGACUGGGCAUUUCUAGAACGAAUUGGAGCCAAACUCGGGAGAUACCAACUAAACCAUCCCAUCAAAGUCGUUGGCGAUAAAAGAGCACACGGAGAAAAACAAACACAACUCACAGCCAAAAAUCUUAUCGUCAAAGCUCACGGAUUUACGAGAUCAGCGGCAAAGGCGAUAAUGGAUGCGGGAGGGCGAUGUUUACUGUUGAGACCGAGGACACAUGACAUUGUGCAGGAGGAAUAUGACCCGAGAGUCCCAAGGGCCAAGAGAUACAUCUUCGCCGGGAAAAUCUCCAGACAUGAAAGGAAAAGAAGAGAAAUUAUCAAGUCCCUCAAACAAGAAAUUACAGCCUAA